AUGCCUACAGGCAUACCAGCAGCAUCCUCAAGCACGCCCGCUACGGAUACGACUUCCGCCGCCGACCUCGAGCUGCAGUUCACACCCUCCCUUCACCCGCACUUGCUCGUCCACGGCACCCCGUCUCCGUCGCCAUACGACGCCCACCAGCAAGGACCAUGCUUCCUGCGCCUUGACCUCGCCAUCCCCGAUGCCCUUUUCCCAGACCCAGAUGAGCUGGCUGACCUGUGGGGUGCGCCUGAUAUCGACCACGGAGACCUGGUGUACACCGACGCGCCGUUGGCUGGUCCAUCAUCAUCGCGCCUGUCAUGGACGUUGAGCCCGCGAGUCAUUGACAUUGAGCGCCCACUCCUUCCAGAUUCACCUCUCGUCAACCUAACAGUUGUCGUGCCCUUGGAUCGUGACGACAAAGCGGUAGACGUCGAUAUCCCUCUGCACAUCAGGUAUCUUCCACCAUCCCCUGAAGCUGGGUGGGACGUGCCCGUGUUUGGACAAGGUGGUGGUAACGUCCGGCGAGUGUGGGUUUGUGGGCACAGCGCCUUUGAGGGAGUACAGGACGUGCAAGAUAUUUCAGCCAACAUGACGUUACACCUGCCAGCCGCCAAGCCAUCCUACCAGGUGCCCGUGGAGAUUGCAACGGCGACAGUUGUGUGGCUCGGUUGGACCUUCCUCGUCUACAUGCUCAUACGCGUCGCCAGGCGCAGUUCCGCUGCGAAGUCAAAGGCAAAAGAGACCAAGAGCAAGUAG